AUGGAUAGAAGAAGGCGCAGGCCAAAGCUGACGAGGAGGAUGAGGCGGAGCCUACCCCCAAGAGCAAGAAGCGCAGUCGUGCUCAGCCUAAGAAAGAGUCCAAGCCCCCUCGUGAGCCCCGUAGUUAGCUUGAUCGUGGGCCCGGAUCAUCGCCUCUUCGUCGCACAUGAAGAUGUACUCUCCCGGGCUGCUUUCUUCGACGCUAUCCUCCGGGAUCAGUCCAUCGAGAGCAACUUGAACAAAGUCGUGGCUCUGCCAGAUGAGGACCCAGAAAUUCUUUCCUGCAUCCUCGAAUUUCUCUACAAAGGCGACUACUACCCGCGUCUUCUACGUGGGGACGGUCUCGAAGCACCUGCAUGGCGCCUCGAGGAAGAAGCUGACAACGAGAACGAGAUACAGCAGAACGCCGAGGAGGUUCUAGCAACCAAGCCAGCUCACACUCGUUCCAAUAAUAAUGAUGGUUCCACUGGCCCCAACACCUCCCCUACUGCCACCUUCCAUCAUCACCGGGCAGGCCUUAUCCUCCGGGAUACGGCCAUCUACUGCGCCGCCGAGCACUACGGCCUCCCCGAGGCCCUCAAGCGCCUCGCCCUGCGCAAACAGGGGCUCCGGACCGGGAUCGCGGUGGACGUGAUUCUGCGGUCCGCGCGUUUCGCGUACGAGCAUACGCCCGAGUCGGAGGAUCAACUGCGCGCGCGGUACCUGGCAAUGAUUAUCCGGUCGCGGGCGGUCUUCAAGGCGAGCGGCACGAUGCAGUUGGAGAUGGAGAAGGGGCAUCCCUUCUUUUUCGAUCUGUUUGUCGCGCUGUGUAAUCAUGUGGAUGAUUUGGAGGGCAGGGCUGCGGUGGCUGAGGUAAGCUUUGGCUGA